UUAAAAAUAAAAAGUAAAACCCUAAUCCCUCGAGCGUCUGCCCCGCCGUAUCUCUUCAAAGUAAUUGUCGUCAUCGUCUUCCUGAGCGCCGCCGUCUUCGUCUACAUCUUCAUCUCCCUCUUACCUUUUUCUGCCGCCGUCUUCGUCUUCCUUCUCCCUAGAACCUAUACAAAGGACACGAUUUAUUCUGCAAGCGGUUCGGCGGCAAUGGCGAAAGGCGGGGCCAUUGUAGCAGCUUCGAAAACGGAUCUCAAGAAAAAACAGAAGCAAGCAAAGAAAUCCAAGUCCGGCGGCUUCGAGUCGCUUGGUUUGAGCGCUAAUGUGUACAGUGGUGUCAAGAAGAAGGGGUACAGAGUGCCGACGCCGAUCCAGCGGAAGACGAUGCCAUUAAUUCUAUCUGGAUACGACGUCGUUGCCAUGGCCCGCACCGGCUCCGGCAAAACGGCGGCGUUUCUGAUCCCAAUGCUUCAGAGACUCCAGCAUCAUGUUCCGCAGGCUGGAGUUAGGGCUCUGAUUCUAUCUCCCACGCGUGAUUUAGCCCUCCAGACUUUCAAGUUUACCAAGGAACUCGGUCGCUUUACAGACCUUCGUGCUAGUUUAUUGGUUGGUGGUGAUAGUAUGGAAAGCCAGUUCGAAGAAUUGGCACAGAAUCCUGAUUGCAUAAUAGCUACGCCUGGCAGGCUUAUGCAUCAUCUGGAAGAGGUUGAUGACAUGUCAUUGCGUACGGUAGAAUAUGUUGUUUUUGAUGAAGCCGAUUGCCUUUUUAGCAUGGGAUUUGCCGAACAAUUACAUAAAAUUCUUGGUCAGCUGGGGGAGAAUAGGCAGACAUUGCUCUUUAGUGCAACUCUACCGAGUGCCCUUGCCGAGUUUGCCAAGGCUGGUCUAAGGGAUCCGCAGCUAGUAAGGCUUGAUUUGGAGACGAAAAUUAGCCCGGACCUGAAGCUUACGUUUUUCACUUUAAGGCAGGAGGAAAAAUAUGCGGCGCUUCUGUAUUUGAUUAGGGAGCACAUAAGCGCCGAUCAUCAAACAUUAAUUUUUGUUUCGACCAAGUAUCAUGUGGAAUUUCUUAAUACACUCUUCAGAGAAGAUGGUAUAGUGGCAUCUGUUUGCUACGGUGAUAUGGAUCAAGAUGCCCGAAAAAUCCAUAUAUCAAAAUUUAGGUCCAGAAAGACUAUGCUGUUGAUAGUGACAGAUGUGGCUGCACGGGGAAUUGAUAUACCUUUGCUGGACAAUGUCGUCAAUUUUGAUUUCCCACCUAAACCAAAACUUUUUGUCCACCGUGUGGGGCGAGCUGCUAGGGCUGGUCGGACUGGUACGGCAUUUUCUUUUGUUACAUCCGAAGACAUGGCUUACUUGUUAGAUCUCCAUCUCUUUCUCUCGAAACCCGUUCGACCUGCUCCAUCAGAAGAAGAGGUUCUUAGAGAUAUGGAUGGUGUUUUGACUAAAAUUGAUCAAGCUGUGGCGAAUGGGGAAACUGUUUAUGGACGUUUCCCUCAGAGAGCUAUUGAUCUGUAUUCAGACAGAGCUCGUGAGAUAAUGGAUUCGUCUAGUGAACUAGAUGCAUUACUGAAGCCUUCUACCAGGGCAUUCAGCUUGUACACAAAUACGAAAGCGAAGCCAUCUAGAGAAUCUAUUAAAAGAGUAAAGAACUUGCCUCGUGAAGGUCUACAUCCAAUGUUUAAAAAUGUCCUGGGUGGUGAUGAGUUAACAGCUUUAGCCUUUUCUGAACGCCUGAAAGUAUUUAGGCCAAAGCAAACCAUCUUGGAAGCUGAAGGUGAGGCUGCAAAAUCGAAAAACAAACAGGGUGCUUCUAGCCAGUGGGUUGAUAUAAUGAAGAUGAAAAGAGCCAUUCAUGAAGGGGUGAUCAAUAAAGUUCUUGAAAAGCAUUCGAAAGAUCAUGAUGCAAAGGAAAAAGAACCAGAACAAAUUUCUUCGAGUAACAAGCAGAAGCAAGUUUCGGGAACCAAAAGGAAGUCGCAGAGCUUCAAAGAUGAUGAGUAUUUCAUUAGUUGUGUGCCAACAAAUCAGCACUUUGAAGCAGGGCUUUCUGUUCGAGCUGGACCAGGCCUUGAAUCAAAUAGGUUAGACAAUGCUGUUCUUGAUCUAAAUGCCGAUGACUCCGGAGGAUUGCAUAAGCAGAAGUCUUUGUAUCACUGGGAUAAGAGAAGCAAAAAGUACGUGAAGCUGAACAAUGGAGAUCGAGUGACAGCCAGCGGGAAGAUAAAAACAGAAAGUGGCGCGAAAGUGAAAACAAAGAAGUCCGGAAUAUACAAGAAGUGGAAACAACGGACACACAAGAAUGUAUCUCUGAGAGGCACCGGCGGCGACAGCGCCGAGGGAGCUGGUAGUUCUUCAGGUCGUCCUGCAUUUGGUGGGGAUAACCGGAGAUUCAAAGGGAGGAAACCACAUAGUUCGAUUCCAAAUGCUCAUGUCCGUUCGGAAAUUAGAGAUGUCGAGAAAGUUGCAAAAAAUCGACUACAGAAGGCGGACAGAGUUUCAUAUCUCAAGAGCAAACCGCAGCAGCGCAGAGGGAAAAAGAAGUCCGAUAAGAAGAAGAGCAGUGGAAGAAAGUGAAAAUACAAUACUGGGGAACAUUUUUGUUGUUUAAUACAAUCCGAUCGAUCAUUCUAGAAAAUCAGUGGAGAAAAUUGUUUUUGCAUAUUCUCGGUUACGUUAUUUAAUUACAAGAUAGAAAAUUCGUGUUUUUUACUUGUUAUAAAGAAGAAAAUAGCUCAGCUCGUUAGGGUCAAAUUUAAGUUGGAGCGCAGGUCGAAAAGUUUGAAAUUUUUUUGCC